UUGUAAAAUUAUUUACUGCUUAAAAAAAAGUUGCAAAAUUUACCUGAAAUGAUAAAAUAAAUUUAAUGUGCGUAACGUAACUGCCGUAUUUCUCUAAAAUAUAGGUAAUAAGUGCGCAAUGCUGAUCGCACUCUCAAAAUCGUAACAUAUUUUUCGUUAAUGAAGCUGUUUAACAAUAAUGUGAAUUCAACUAUUCAUAUAUUGCUUAAGAAUUUUAAACAAUUAAUUAUUAUUUUAAUUGCAUAUAUAUAUAUAUAGAGAGAGAGAGAAAUAAAACAAAAAUAUCUAAAUAACAAAAUAAGUUGACAGAAAGUAAUUAUUAAUUUGUAGGGAAAUAAAUGUGGCAUGUGGGUAGUACUUAUUUUGCGAAAUUUUGUACAACAAUGUAUAAAUAAUCAUUGUUAAACUCACAAAAAAGUACUUAUAAUUGCAAUAAUUUUCAAACAAAUUAAAAUUUCGAAGAGAAAAAAAGUCAAUUUUUAGUUUACAUUUGAAAUUGACCCUUUCAUUUUGCGCAAUUUUAACAGGUAUAAUACGUAGCGUACAAUGGAUCUGGAGCCCCAAAUAAGUUUAAUAUAAAUUAUAGUAAAACAAACAGUAAUAGUUAAACAAAAAUAGUUGGCGAUAACUGAACAAAAGUGUUUUAAAUAUCUCUUAAAGUCAAAAGAGAAAAUGUUACAAAAAAUAUUGUUAAGUACAUAUUGUAAUAAUAAUAUUGUAAAUCGCCAAUUUACAGGUAAAUACUGUUAUAACUUAUAUUUAAGCAAGCAAAUGGAACUUAAAUAUUCAAUAUGAAGACUGAAAAAAAAUGUCUUCUAAUUUUUAUGAUAUAUCUGUGUGUUUGUGUGUUAUAUAUAUCACAAAAUUAAACGAAAUAUUUACUUUGAUACAUAAGCUAUUUUUAUUAUCAACGCAGCUUGUUCAUUUGAAACAAAAUUUUUUAUUAAAAAUUUAAAAUUAGGAUUUUUUUAUAAUUACCACAGAAUAAUAAGAAAAGAAAGCAAAAAUGAAGCCUGGACAUUUCCUGUUUGUGGCACAUCUGGAGAAAACACAUUAUCUGGGGGAGAUAGUAAUCUUACACCUCCAAAUUUUAGUACUUUCAUCCACGAAUCAGAAGAAAAGGCGCGAAACUUUUCCUAUUCUCCUUGCUAUGCGAGGGAAAAAAAUUUUUGUUUAUUCUGUAAUAUAUUCUUCUAGUUUGAAAAAAUGCAAGCGGAAGAAACGAUAGCAGUUUUAGCUCUUUUAGUUCGCAGAAAAAGAAAAGAACGCAAAUUUCAAAGAUUAUGGCGUCAUCCUUUAACUGAUAAGCGCCAUAUAUUUGGCCAUUAUUACACUCUGCACAAUGAGUUAAAAAACCAUCCUUCAAAAUUUAAAGAAUUUUAUCGAAUGUCCAAAGAAACAUUUCAGGAACUUUUGCAAAUAAUGGGGCCUUCAAUCACAUCCAAGAGCAGUUGUGCUAUUCAUCCAGAAGAAAAGCUUAGUGUGACUAUAAGGUACCUAGCCACCGGUGCAAGUUUCGGAGAGCUGUACUUUGUAUUUCUGCGUGGCAAAACAACUAUGAGAAAAAUAGUUAGAGACACGUGUAAACAUCUGUGGACUGUUUUAGCUCCCAUCUUUAUGGCACCUAAGACGGAAGAAGAUUGGUUAGCAAUAGCUGAAGAGUUUUACGAGAUCACAAACUUCCCAAAUUGUGUAGGUGCCAUAGAUGGGAAGCACAUCCGAAUCGAAAAGCCUGAAGGAGCAGGAUCACAGUUUUUUAACUAUAAGGGCUAUCAUUCAAUUGUGUUAUUGGCCCUAGCCGAUGCAAAAUGCCGUUUCACGGCAGUGGAUGUUGGAACCUUUGGUUCCGCAAGUGAUUCGGCGGUUUUUCGAGCGUCGAAUUUCGACAAAAAAUUGAAAGCCAAAGGUCUCAACAUACCAAGUGUGGAUACUCUGCCAUUCGACAGAGACGGCAAAAAAAUGCCUUUCGUCAUUGUAGGUGAUGAGGCUUUCGGUUUGUCAAAAGACGUUCUGCGGCCUUUUUCGAGGCAAAGAAUUAACAUCAAACAAAGAGUUUUCAACUACCGCCUUACGCGAGCCAGGAGGGUGGUUGAGUGCACAUUUGGCAUUUUAGCAAAAAAAUUUAAAAUUUUUAAUAGAUCCAUCGAUGUGGGGUUAGAGUUUGCUAAUGAAAUCGUAAUGGCAGCAUGCAUUUUGCAUAAUUUUAUAAGACAUUUCGAUGUGAUCGAAGAAGAAAUAGAAUUGUCUCUUUGUUCCCUGGACAGUAUUAGAGUUCAGGGAGCAAAUAAUACUGCCAUUGGGGGGUCUGACAAUAUAAGGGAAUAUUUUGCGGAGUACUUUGUAUCACCCUCUGGCUCCGUCUCUUGGCAGUAUAGUAAAUUAUAAUUAAUAAAUAAUUAAAAUAUAUCAAACAAUAAUAUUUAUUAUUUUUG